AGAGAGCAGCUCUCCUGCCACAGCCAAAUAGGCAUAAAAGAUGGGAGAGAUGGAGAGGGAGUAUUGAGCAAGCCCUCAUCGAUCUGCGAGAGAGAGAAGAAAAGAAUGGAAAGCACAACGCCAAGCGGCAUCUUUAUCCUAGCAGACCCCUCCUUUCUCUCUCUCUUUCCAUCUGCCUGCCUACCGGCUGAUGCUGACCGGAGGUGAAGCGGUUCUUCUCUCCCUUCGUAAUCCCGAACAAAACCUGGACGUGAGCACCAGACGGAGGCUUUUGGAUUCUGUCACCGAGCACUACUUGGUGAUGACAAGAGGAAGAAACUAAAGAAUUUAAAGAAAACAAUCCCAAACCGAGAGAUAAAGCGGGUAUGAUCCAAUAGAUUGCACAGUAACGCAGUGAGAAACACAACUUCCAGCGGUUGUGUGCGCGGGGCGGUCUGCGGGGAGCUCUGGAACUGCUGGCACCAGAAAGUGGCUGUAAAAGUCCAUCCCUUACACCGCUGUUCAGACAUGGAGUUCCCAGAUGACUUCCUGCUUGCUGAGCUGAGCCACCUGCAGAUCUACAAUGAAUCGCUGUUCCAGAACAACUUCAGCGGUUUAUACAAUGAGACCGAUGCCUUGCUACCAACAGGGGUGAAGGUCACCAUUGUGGUUGUCUACAUGAUCGUCUGCGUCAUAGGCCUGGUGGGAAACUUUCUGGUCAUGUAUGUCAUCAUAAGAUACACCAAGAUGAAAACAGCCACUAACAUCUACAUCUUUAACCUUGCUCUGGCUGACUCUUUGUACUUGGCUACUUUACCUUUCCAGGGCACAGACGUGUUUCUGGGUUUUUGGCCAUUCGGGAACGCUCUGUGCAAGACAGUGGUGUCUAUUGACUACUACAACAUGUUCACCAGCACCUUCACCCUGACAGUGAUGAGUAUGGACCGGUAUGUGGCUGUCUGCCACCCUGUCAAAGCCCUGGACAUGAGGACUCCUCACAAGGCCAAGGUGGUGAAUAUCUGUGUGUGGGUGCUGGCUUCAGCAUUUGGUGUCCCAGCCAUGGUCUUGGGAAAUGUGGAAGUGAGCCAAGAGCAUAACAGUAUUGAGUGCAUUGUGGCUUUACCUGAACCAAAGAGUCACUGGGAUUCAGUCUUUGGCACCUGUGUCUUCCUCUUCUCUUUCCUCAUCCCUGUGGCUAUCAUCAGUGUCUGCUACAGCCUGAUGGUCAAGCGCCUACGCAAUGUUCGCAUCCUGUCUGGUUCUAAAGAAAAGGACCGGAACCUGCGGCGCAUCACCCGGAUGGUCCUGGUGGUCGUGGCAGCAUUCGUUGUCUGUUGGACACCCAUCCAGAUCAUGGUAAUGGCUCAGUCACUGGGCUUCAACUUGAGUAGCUUGUCCACAGUUGUCCUGAUGCACUUCUGUAUUGCACUGGGCUAUGUCAACAGCAGCUUGAAUCCUGUCCUCUAUGCUUUCCUGGAUGAGAACUUCAAGCGCUGCUUCCGUGAGUUCUGCCAACCAUCUCCAUUCCGCCUUGACACCCAGCAAUCAGGCAGAAUGAGGAGUAUUGCCAGAGAGGUUGCGGCAGCCUACAGCUGCAAGGCUGGAGAUGGCGGGGGGCCUGGGGGAGGGACACCUAAUCCAGCAUGACUAGGCAUGGAACUCCCCUUGGUGGGGUUAGACCCCCCACAGAUGGGAGAGACACAGGGAAGAGGGAACUCCAACACAGAACUAACUCAGAUUACAGCUCUCUAGCGGCACGAGCCCUCCCGCCCCCCCGCCAGAAGACUGGCAUGGGGCGGGGGGGAGGGGGAUGAGCAGGAUGGUGUUGAAAGGAAAAGAAUUUAGGAAUAAGUGUGGGAAGCAUAGCACCCAGAGUCAUUGGUGGAGGGAAAUUGAAUACAUUGAAAAUUUGGGUGGGAGGGGUGGUGGACAUCUGGGUAGGAGAUGGUUCCAGAUGUGGAAGUAGCUCAACAACCCACUGUGGAUUCUCGAUUUCAGAAUGACUAUGGUCCUAAUUCCACUGAGGCAGCAAGAUGUUUUGAAAACUUCAAGACUUGCUUAAGGAGCCUACUGUCUUGAGGUUGGCAUAAAUAUAAAAGAGGUCAAAGCAUUUUUUGACAUUUAUUGCAGCUCCAAAACAACUGCCUCACAAACAGACACUGGAUCUGCUAACUGAGGCUGACACCCAGCUGUUGCAUGUGUAGAAGAAUAUCUGACUCUGUACUUGAGUAUGAGGGUUGAUUUGGAGCUAGACAACUGCGAGAGCAUAUAAACAGCAGGGAAUUAAUCAUCAGAGCUGCAGAUAAGAAAUCUCCAAAUCCAACCUGCUCUGCUUUGGGAUUUGAGCGAAUAAAAACAACAUACCAGCAGAAAGCACGUUAUCAUGGCUAGACUGGCUAAGGAAGAGUUAAGAUUUCUGGAAGUGUGAAGUGGAUGAUAACCACUUACUCUACAGUUUAUUGUAUGAUUACCAAUCAAUGUUUCAGUCAAAAGACUCUUUUCUGGGAAGCAGUGGAUUCUGGUCUCAGUAUGGGCUCUAUACAAUGGUAAAAUGCUGCUGAGCUUGUAUCAAGACAUAAAUGGGCACACAGAGUGUAAUAUUAUAUUUGUGACUGUAGACAGGAAAUUACCUACUCUUGAACAAUAUCUGACCCAGAAUGGAUGAUCACCUUUAUUUGGCCAAGUAUAUUACACACAAGGAAUUUGUUUCCAGUACAGAACCGAGGCAGCCA